AUGGCUGCAAGUACGCUGGUUUGCCAGGCAUCCUUGAAAAUGCAUGUGUUACGGAUGUCAUGCUCAGACGGCACUUGUGUGGAGGACGGCAGUCAGGAGUUCUCCACCCGCAGCCGGUUCCUCUACUAUCUCUUCAGCCUGGGCACGGAGCUGGGCAACGAGCUCUUCUACAUCCUCUUCUUCCCCUUCUGCAUCUGGAACUUGGACGCCUGGCUGGGCCGGAGGCUUAUCAUCAUCUGGGUGUGGGUGAUGUACCUGGGGCAAUGCACCAAGGAUGUCAUCCGCUGGCCGCGGCCUGCCUCCCCGCCCGUGGUGAAGCUGGAAGUCUUCUACAACUCCGAGUACAGCAUGCCCUCCACCCACGCCAUGUCGGGCACAGCCAUCCCCCUGGCGCUCCUGCUGCUCAGCUACGGCCGCUGGCAGUAUCCCCUUAUGUUUGGACUCAUCCUUGCCUUCUGCUGGUGUUCUUUGGUUUGCUGUAGUCGAAUUUAUAUGGGAAUGCAUUCAAUUUUGGAUGUUAUUGCUGGAUUUCUGUAUGCUAUUCUCAUCUUGAUUGUCUUCCAUCCAGUUGUGGACCUGAUUGAUAACUUCAACUUAACUUACAAAUACGCACCCUUAAUUAUCAUCAGUCUCCAUUUAGCCCUGGGCAUCUUCUCUUUUACUCUAGACACCUGGAGCACAUCCCGUGGAGACACAGCUCAGAUACUGGGCUGUGGUGCUGGAGUAGCCUGUGGCUCUCACAUUAACUACAUAAUGGGUCUAAAGCUAGAUCCUCCUCCCAAUACAUUACCUUUAUCUCUUUCCUCUCUCACUGUGACUGUGUUUGGAAAAGCCAUAUUGCGGUUGUUGAUUGGAGUAAUAGUUCUGUUGUUAACAAAAGUAGCGAUGAAAAAAGCCACUAUUCCACUGGCAUGUAAAAUAUUUCGCAUACCACACGAUGACAUACGGAAAGCAAGACAACGCAUGGAAGUUGAGCUUCCCUAUCGCUAUAUUACUUAUGGAAUGGUUGGGUUCUCCCUCAUGUUUAUUGUUCCUUGCCUCUUCCAUUUUAUUGGGCUGUCUUGA